AACUCUAGUAACAUUGGUGUGGGUGGAAACGACUGCCAAGAGCUGAACUCGACUUUCGUUUUGUGGAGGCGAGAGGUAGAGUUCCCCAGCUCGGGUCCGCGAGCGCUUGACGAGAGACUUUGCCGCGAUUAUUACCGGUCCACACGUGGAAGGCGGGCCCGCCUACCCGAGUCUGCAGACAGCCACCCGUUUCUCCCCCUACCCAGCCCUACCCUUUUGCCGAGCGUGUCCUCCCCUGUUCCUCCACCCUCUCCCCCCACCACAACGGUUGUGAGCGGCCCGACAGCGAGGCUGGCCGCAAGACGCGGCGCUGUGGGUCCCCGCCCCGCACGGCGUGUGGAUGGAGGAGGCUGCCGCCCGCCGCCCGGUCGAUACGCCAGCGCUGCCGCGCGUCCAGCACCAGCAGCAGCAAAGCAGCAUCGCCGACAUCCCGACGUGGGACCCACAGCCAGGUCUGGAGGAGCCAGCGUGUUGCUGUGAUUGGCUCGCCAGCCGUCUCACAGCCCGGACAGCCCGUCACGGGAACAGGUCCCCGCCUCACGAGCCUCACUCUCACUGCUCCUCACACAGAGAUGCUCGGAGACAGGGAGGGGGGCUGAGGAUGCCGGACACAGACCUGCCAGUGUCAUUGUCUACAGCAGCACCACAGUGUCAAGAUCGCCUUUAGUGCUUGCCUGCCUUGUCAAGCAAAGAAAAGGGGAAGAAAAAAAAAAAACAACAACAACAAAAAAAUAAACAAAAAUAAGGUGCGACACUUUUCGCCAUUGGUGGUCGUGACUAAGGAUCUGGCGACUGGCGUCCUGCUCACCUGGUGACUCGGAAUAACUGCAGACAGACCUUGCAGACGAAAAGCAUCCAGUUGGUCUGGUCCAACAUUUUCGGAAAGAAAACGGAUAAACCGCAGGAGAAGGAGACUUUGUAGUCGUGUAAUCGCCAAUAAACAUCUUGCGGCCCUAAGGGGCUAGUGUUGUCGUGGUGCUAUCAGCAGGACAGUUCUUCAUUCAUUCCUCCUUCAUUCCUUUACCAGCAUCCGGCCACUAGUGCCUCCUCGCCACCUCCUGCCACUCCCGAAAAAAAAUCACAAGACGAAAGUAGAGAUGGUAAUCUUGAAGACGUGGUACAGGACAUGACAUCGCCGGCUGUCGUAGGUUUCUGAUGGCGAGCAUUGUCAGCUGGUCAAGGUGUAAGACACUCAGCAACCGAUGUAGACAAUCAUAAUCAGUCUAGACAUGCGAGGUUAGUGUAGACACUUAUAGACAGUGUUAUUAUUUGUCUCAGCGUUCAACACCAGCUGACUUCAAGAAGAGUGUAGAUAGUUAUCGACUCUCAAUGUAGACAUUCAUCAUCAACAGUGAAGACAUUCAUUAUCACCAGUGUAGACGUUCACAGCUAAUGAAGUCGUUCAUGUGUUCACAUCGGGAACAAGUGAGGCGUCAGGCAGGAAAUGACGCACCGAGUUCGGGGACAUGUCGCCUGCAUGGGACUCCAUCCUCCAUCGAGCCGCCCUGUCGCACCGGCUGACUCUCGGGAUCAUUCGGUAAUCGGCAGACAUCUUAUGACAGCGACCUGCAGGUGAUGCCAACUUAGUUGCAGACAAAAAUCGACUUUUUCUUUCAGCAGGGUGUCUCUUCAAGACGAAAGCCUGUUAAUAUGUUGUCACUGAGUGCAGACGAGCACUGCUUCAAGAGAGAAAACUCGAAUUGUUUCAGCAUUUCUGAAAAACUUUGGAGAAAAAUGCUGUUUGAAUUAAACGAAUUCCUUAUCAAGCCACAACCUUUUGUCGCUACAAUCAAAAGUCAUUAAUAAAAGAAGGGAAGUACCUGCAAGGGAGGACAUAUCUUGAAUAAGGGAGCAAACAAAAACAGAGAUCAAUCCGCGGUCCUUUUUUUUUUAAAGAAAGGACAAAGCAGUAUUCACUUGAUGAGACUUUAAAAAGUUUUGAAUAGUCAAACUUUUUUAAAACCUGUAUUAAAUCUCCGAGUGUUUUUAUUGGCUUGCUAGUUAUUGUUAGUGACAGUAUAUGUGACAUCUUCGCCCUUUAACCCUUGUGUCACAUGUCAAGGAACAAGAGUUUUUCUUUCUAAAGGCAAAGAAACAACUUUAAGAACCAAGGAGUGCGGAGGUUUUCAUUAAACUGUCACUGUCACUGUCACUGUCACUAGACAGAAGCUCCUGAUGCCACGAACUUUCACCUCCAUCUCCCGAUGACGAAGAUUGGGGGUGUGGGAACAAGAAAAAGCGAGAUUUCGGAGGAAUUCAGUGAGUGACAAAAGGUGGACUGGGAGGGGACAUCCCAUAAGGUCAAAUCUCACCUUUGAUAAUCUAUCACAAUAAGCAAGUAAACAAACAAAGGUGCAAUGACGGCGAUACCUUGCUGUGUAGUCCAACAGAACUCUUGGAGCUGCGACAGUUUGUAGGACAGGACCAUCUAUAGAGCACCAGACCCUAUCCCGCUUGUCCACUAAAACUACCGGCUGUCUUUUAGGACCUCAUCAACAUCUGAGAUGGCACAUCAUAAACCGGCAACUUCAGACAGUUUAAGCUCUUCUGCCAGUCUGGAAAGUCAAAAAGAAGAAAUGUUUGGGGCGUUUCAGAGCUGGGCGAUCAAAAAUUACGGCGACAGUGGAAAAACAAAAACUGUUACUCGGAAAAAAUACGAGCGCAUUGUCAGGACGUUAACGGGUGAGGAGCAGUCAUCUGCUGAAAACUCCAAAUUUCGAUUCUGGGUAAAAGCCAAGGGAUUUCGUCUCGGCCCCCUCGAAUCCAGUCGACAUGGAGGCGGAGCACCUCGGCGAAUCCUCUACGUGCCGUCAAGAAACUCAGAGGGACCUGGAUGCAGCGAGGAGGAGCGGAGUUACAAACGCGUGGCCAUCGUGGAGGAGUUCUUCCACAUCAUCUACAACGUCCACGUCGAGAUGGACGGCAGGGGCGGCAAACAUGCUGGGCAAAAACGCACCUACAGAGCUAUCGCAGAGACGUACAGCUUCCUUCCCCGUGAGGCGGUGACGCGGUUCCUGAUGUCCUGCACCGACUGCCAAAAGCGGAUGCAUCUCUCGCUAGAGGGCAACAACAACACGGCAGCCGCAGCCAAUCAAAAUGAAUCUCCCUCGCUUCCCGCCGAACCAGCAUGUCACGUGACUGACGACCCACCCAUCAUCGAUUUCAGUGUACCCAUCACCCAGACGUACCUCAACCACAUGCGCAACAAAGGCUACAUGUCGGACUACUCCUGCCAUGAAGAGGAAAGCCUGUCCAGCGCAGACAGCGACAUGAGCACGGAGACGUCCCCCUCCACCAACAUGGACUCCGCCACCCACAGCAUCGACGGUAAAGACUCUGUGUUUGGUGACCAGCAGAGUAGCACCCCCAUCAACAUGGCAGCCACCACCCAGCCUCCAGAAGUGCCAGACGGAGCCUGCGCCCUGUCCCCUAGAAACGCCACGACACCAAACAAGUCGCCGACGCCAGACAAGGUUGUGGAGAGCAAAGGUCACCCCGAGCGGAAACGGCGAGCGAGCAACGAGAGCGAAGAUAGUGCUAUCACCAAGACAAGUGAAGGCGGCGCGGCUGAUGACGUCGCCAACAGCAAGGAUGAAGAUGAUGAUGACAAUGACGACGAUGACGAGAAGGGGCCUCCGGGACACAACUACGACCCAGAGAGGCUGAAGGCCUUCAACAUGUUCGUGCGGCUGUUCGUGGACGAGAAUCUCGACCGCUCGGUGCCCAUCUCCAAGCAGCCGAAGGACAAGAUUCAGGCCAUCCUGGAGGCGUGCGACCGGCAGUUUCCAGAAUUCCACGAACGCUCACGCAAGAGGAUUCGCACGUACCUCAAGUCUUGUCGUCGGAUGCGGCGGUCUAAAGAGCAGAACGGCUGGGAACCGCACCUGCGUCCCACGCCUCCACACCUGACGUCAGCAGCUGCAGAAGGUCUCUUGGCGGCGGCGUGUGAAAACGAGAGCCAGAACGCCAAGCGCAUGCGUAUGGGGCUGGAACCACUUCCGGCAUCAGUUAUGAAUGCGGCCAGGGAGCUGGGUGGAGCCGCCGCCACCCUCCUGCCCGUCCCUCCUUCCUCCACCGCCUCCACUGCCACCACACCUCAACAGCAACAGCAGCAGCAGCAAGCGGCGCCGACAUCAGGCUCGCAGACACAGUCGCUGCUAGAACGUCCCAGCUCCAUAGCUGCAGGCGCCCCCGCCACAGACUUCCUCCGCCAUCAGCCGCCGCCUCCAGCAGCCUUCCGGGCUGCCCCAGAGUUCCACGCGCCAUUUUUCGCCAACGGCAACGGCCUCUUCCGACCUGGCUUCGCUGCUUACCAGCACCCGGCGCACCAUCAUCCGGCACCAGCCGUCCUGCAGCACCCACCCUUAUCAGGCACUGCAGUGACCAAUGGAGAUUUUGUGCCUACUGACCUAAGCAUGAAGAAGAGUAACUCUAAAAACCAGCUGAGUGCAGCGGAAGUGACGACAAUCAAACAGUUAAUCGCUGGGUACCGCGAGUCGGCUGCCUUCCUGUACAGAUCCGCCGACGAACUGGAGCAGCUCCUCCUACAGCAGAACUAGGACCACGUCCUCCUGCAGCACAACAGGAACAGGUCCACAGGUCCAGGAGCAGCUUCUCCUACAACAGAACUAGGACCAGGUCCUCCUGCAGCACAACAGGAACAGGUCCUUAAGUCCAGGAGCAGCUUCUCCUGCAGCUGAGACAAACGCGGGUCAUCGUGCACCGAACCUCGGGGUCAGCUACCCGAGGUGUGUUGCGGACAAAACAAUGAGGCACCGUGUCUGAGGGCGCAGUGCCUUGGUUGCUAUGACCCUGUGUAAGAGAAACUGGGGCCAGGUCUCCUCUAAACAUAUCCUGCGAUUGAAAGGUUAAUGAAGCUUUUGGUGUCUUGCAGAAACAAAAAGGACGAGUAGAACCUAUUGGAAAGUUAUUUAUGUCUGUUAUUGUUUUAAUCUAUUGUUUGAAACCUUUUUAGUGCUUUUUUCAUGUUCUUCAUUGGAGCAGGGUGCUGGACCUCGUGAUGUCUGUAACGGUGUCAGAUAUCCGUUACUAGUUGGUGUGAGCACUUUAUGGACACAUCCAGCUUGUCAUCCCCUGCCACUGAGGAGGAGGAGGUUCUGUUUGAGAGGGAGGAGGAGGGCAUCUCCAGUAGAGGACAGCUGCGAUGCCUUUGUGUUGAAACUGCUAACAAAAGAACUGCUCUGUCAGGCGUGGAGACGAGAGUCGUGUUGGGGCUACUUUUUACAGUUUUCGCACAACAUUAAUACGGUGUAUUAAAUCCCAGUCCAAAUCCCAGUUACCGCCUUGUAAAUCAACUUUUUUUGUUGUUGUUUUUUUGCAAUUCGCUGUUUUCAGUAUUCGGGCUUUAGUCACGCAGCUGUUUUCGAUGUCGUUCAGAUGUCUAUGAAGUACAGUACGAAGUUCGGUCCGCAGACUGUCGUACAGUUUGUGACUGUACAAUACAGUUUGUGACUGUCCAGUACAGCUCCUUGUACAGUUUAUCAUGUCAAACCCAUUCAAGCUGACGACACACCGGUGUAGGCUGCUUUGCGUGAAAGAAACUCCUGUAAGUGGUCUCCUGUACUGAGUGACUCCCCAUACAGUUAUCCUUCAGGCAUUGGUUAUUAUUUUUUUUUUAAAUUAUUAUUAUUUUUUUUUAUUUUAGUAUGUUAUGCGAGACAUCUACAAAAAUCGCGUCCGUUUGUCGCCACAGAAGACAAGCGGCCAUAUUGCGCACUGGCAGCAUUUGACGGUCACUUUGUAGCAAGUAGUAGUUGGACGUACCUCUGACCUCUGACCCAGGGGUGAUUUUGACCCGAUCUCUUUUGCAUAAACUGCGAGUUUCUACGUGACGUCCUGCGAAUGAACUGAAGAGACUUUACUGGGUUUUUAAAAGAUCAAAGAUAUUUCCAACAUGUUCGACCCAGUUACAUCCGGAGGGUAUGAACACACCCGGACAGGUCACGAAGCUGGAGGCUUUCAUGCUCAAACCAUGUUGGCAGAUGACACGUGUUGUCAUCAGGUUUAUAUUUCCAGCCUCGUUCAUCAUACGCAGAGGACACGUGGAUUUUGUAAGUCCUUGCUGGAAGAAACCCCGCCUUGUAGACUAUGUGUAGGUAUCAAUCCACCCGUAUAUCCCUCAGCCACCCUACCCCACCCCUCGUGAAAUAUCGUCUGGUGACAAUUGUUCCCAUUCUUCCCUUUCUUGUUACUGUCGUCUGAUAUGGCCGGCUACCAUUUACUGUUAACCGUUUUCUUACCUGUCCGAACCCCCUUUUUAAGCCGUACAAUCAGCAGGCUUCUAUUUUUGUCUUCAAGGCCUUUUGUUAUGACGUCACAGGUUGUGGACGCGUCGAUCGCUGGCGCACAGAGAACAGUUUAUUUCUUUUUUUUAAACCUGGUUGCCAGCAUGACGUCACCAAUUUGCCUUUCACGGUGUUGAUGUCGUUCUUACGUCGCUUUUUUGGGGUCACAGCUCGUGCUAUGGUGCCGUUGCGGGGGGGACGCCGGGGUCGAAGACCGUUGGGGUCCUCGCUGAUGUGGGAGGCAGUGCCAGCGUCGGCUGCAUUGCUGGACAAUUAUAGCAUGGGAUGUGACGCCACGCCAUCAAGACUGUGCUGUAUGAUGUGACAUUCAAGUGCCCUCAAUUCAAAAUCUCGCGAGAUUUCAACUUUACGUCGACGAGAUCUUUGUUCAUGUGAAAAAUAUUAUUGUUUCGUGCAUGUCUUUGAACUUUACUACUGUACAUUAACGACGUCAUAAUGUGGGUCCCUCUCAUUGCCCCUCCCACCUUUUUGUUGCAAUCGGUUUGCAGAUGGUUGAAUUGUGAUGUCAUACUAAGUGGGUCCUGAGUGCUCUGUCCCUCAACGGCUGACAGAAGGCAGGACGAGAGGUUGUCUCCAAGUCUCGCACCUUCCCGACAGCCCCGGGCAAAGCACUGAUUGUCUCUUGUCUGAUGGAAACUAAUCAGAACCGUCUUCUCUCCCAAGAUGGCGCUUUACAUUUCCAAAAUGUGGGAUAUAUACAUAUAUAUAUAUAUGUCCAUCCCUAAAGCCUUGUACUCGGUUGUAAACAAAUUUUUACUGAGGUAUUUUUCUAGUCAGUCUGCUCACUUACGUCAUGUGACCAUAAUGUAUUUCUACAUGGCUACAAAUAUUAUAUUCCACACGUUUUACAUAUUUACACAGACCCUUUACAGUGAGAUUUUUUGGUGUGCAAUGCAUUGUUGAAGAUAUGUAUCAUGUGUAGAAGAUAUGUAGACAUCUUAGUGUUCAUCGCUGCUAACGACAGUGACGAUGUUACAGAGGAAGGCGCUCAAACACUACAGCUCAGGCGGUUAGCCACUGUAAGCUUCAUGCUAAAAGUUAGUCUCUUCUCUAGCAGACUGCUACUGUCAUGCUUGUGCUUAGUCUGUAAUCAGAAUGGAUGUGCCGGUAGCUAAUGUUACAAAGAUGCUGCCAUGUUACUUUCAUCAGCUCAAGGUUUAUUUUUAGUCCUAAGUUUAUUUUUAGCUAACAUCCUCCCACCUAUCCAUCCUCCUUUCCCGUUGGUGAUGACAUGGGUAGAGGAAACGUUACAAUCUGAAGUUAACAUUGGACCAUGCUGACAAGAUGUUUGAACAACAGAGGUGACAAGAAAUAUUCACGGUAAUAAUCACAGUUUUCCGACCUAAGUACGAACAGCUGAUUUGAUUCUGGAUUUUAUUCUCGGUGUAGUGACCCUUGACCCCUGACUUCAUGUUUAAACGUUGUUUUACUGAGCAGCAGACAGGAUCUUAUUGGAUAGUUUGUUUUUUUAUUAUUUUACGACAUUGCAGACGUUCGCAGGCUAUCGGAUUCCGCAGACAGCAUCAAAUGUAAACAGAAGACACAGGUAGUUCCAUCGCAGCACGGAGUCUGUCCUUGAGUCGUGCACGUCGUCUGUUGACGACAACUCGCUGAUCAAUACAACUUUUGGUCGCCGGGUGGAAUUGCUUUGAUUUGUGUUUGCCUUCCUUUGAUUUUUUAACUUCUUCCGCUUUCUUGACGUCAGGAAUGCGUUUUUGUGUCGGGUGGCGCUGCAUGGCACACCUGCACCAGCUGCACCAGCUGCACCAGCUUUCAUUGCCAAGUACAUUAGGACUUCUCGCUGCGACCGUUUCCGCUGAAAGUUUUCCUAAAAGCCUUCAUUCCAGUGGCUUGGCUGUGUUGUUGUUGGCUGGAGGAAGGUUUCGCUGACCAACUGUUUACACCCAUGUUAUUUUCUGUCGUGAGGUUUACUUUCAAACGGCACAGUGCUGGAUGUUGCUGGAAUAGACCAAGCGUGACAAACAACUUUGAUUUGAUGAUAGACCAGUGAAAAAGUCAAGUUAAGGGGCCAGUGGUUAUUUCAGUGACACUGUAAGUCUGCUACACACUAGCGAGUGAACGUUCAGAUGUAGGAGGUCAGAAGAGUGUUGCAGAGAGAAGAGGACAUGCAGCUUUUGACUCUCCAGACUACUUCACACUCUCCUGUCUACUCCCCUGACGACUUUACACUCUCCUGACGACUCUCCUGACGACUUUACACUCUCCUGACCACUCUCCUGACGGCUUUACACUCUCCUGACGACUUUACACUCUCCUGACCACUCUCCUGACGACUUUACACUCUCCUGACUACUCUUCUGACGACUUUACAGUCUCCUGACCACAUUCUCCUACUUCACACUCUUCUGACCUCACUUCCGUGAUCACUGUUCUUAAAAUAAUGUCUUUUAUACAGAUCCUUGUUUAUAUAAAUAUAUUUAGCAUUAUGACAUAACAAAUAAAGGCAAAAGUGAUUAUCCUUUUUUCCUUCACAUAUUAUUUCUUCGUAUAUUUAAUUAUGUAUUUUAAAAUUAUAUUUAGCAUGUAAAGGUUGUUUUGGUAGGCAUCAAACUCAAAAGUAUGGCGGGGUUAUUUUUGACAGGAAAAAUAAUGUUACAUACGUUAGAGGCAGCUUGAUUUUCUUUAAUCUAUUCUUUAGCAGUGGAAGGUUUUUGCGCUGACCUUACCCGGUUCCUGUUAGUCAAGUGAAGCAGGUGCCAGAGAACUAAUCUCACCGUCAGUAAAGUAAUGUUUCGGUUCUUGCAGAAGAUGAUUUGUAGUUUGAACCACAAUUUUAUUUCCCACUAAAGUGAUGUUUACGGGGAGAUUUAUUGAUGGAACUGGAAGAAAUUUCGUUUCCAACAGUUACACUAGGUCUUCGGCACCUGCUUCAUUCACCGGAGUGGCACAACGUCGAGGGUCCUUACGAUGAGGCUAGUGUAAACAGAUUUCUUAAUCUAGUGUAACUCAGAUUUUUUUGAAUUUUAUAAAAUUAUUUCAUCUUAAGGAUAGUUUGGUUAGAAAUUUUGCUGCUGCCUUUAACAUUUUUCUGACAUUGUAUUCCCUUUGUUAAGCGACGUAAGGGGACACCCUUGUAAACGGGUGUUGUCGACAUACUGGUCACGUGUUAUGUUAGCACGCUGGUCACGUGUUACUGUUAGCAUCCUGGUCACGUGUUGCUGUUAGCAUGCUGGUCACGUGUUGCUGUUAGCACGCUGGUCACGUGCUACUGUUAGCAUGCUGGUCACGUGCUACUGAGCUCUUGAGUCAUGUGACGGACAUCUAGCGCUGCUUAUCAGGGAAAAACAUUUAUAAAGCACAGCUAAUCGUUCGUUUUGUUAGACAGUUCUUUGGCGAUUACAAAAUAAUGUCAGUUAAAUAAACAAUAUUAAGGCCUGAAGCUAAUGCUGUGCCCCUAUUGUGUACAUCCGGGUACUGCGUACAUCGCUACAUCAGUCUACACCAGCAGACGCACCUGUACUGCUGUACAUCGUGUAGACGGGUGUGUUGCUGUACCAUGCUACACCUGCAUGUAAUGCUGUAACAUCCUUGCUGCGUUUAGUCAUUUCAUCUCGGGUCUGGAGCUGGUGUCUGUUAACAUUUUUAUUUUGUUCACUUUAAACAGUGAUUUAACGACAGCAAUCUUCUUUCAUUCAUCCAACGUGUAGGCUUUGUGCGUGUAUUUAGCGCUGUGCUUCCUUCCCAACUGUCAUUUCCAUUCCAAGUAACGGUCACUUUAUUACACACAGUAAACCUGCUCGUCUGUUGGAGUGUGUGUACAUACGUCGCCUGGUUGUACUUACUAACUUGGCUUCAGCAGAUGUGGCGCCACGUGACCAUCUCUGCCUUACUCUGACACGUGUGCUGACGUGGCCCUUGUACAUACAGAGACCAAACAAUGUGUGUCUAGCUUUUGUCCAGUGAAACGUGUAGUGGGCUGGGAAAGAGUUUAGAGAUGAUGAUGACGUGCACAGCUACUGACCCUGCCCUUGUUGACCUCUCGCGCUUUUUUCUUGACGUCACACCUUUCCCGUUUGAGUGUCUUGCCACCAGUCGGGUACCUACGGCUGACUGCCAUUAUCUACCUUUGUGCAGAAUGUUUACCUUUUUAUUUUUGGAGUAUGUUUUACGGUUUGUUUAUUUAUUUGAACUGAAUUAUAGGAUAUAUAAUUCAAUUAGCAUAAUUUGAAACUUCUUUCUUUUUACGUGACUUCUUUGUGUAAGGACAAAGGUGAUAUGUCAUGGUAAGACUAGGAUGUGGUCACGAGACUGUCUAAACAGUAGAAUAGUCGUUAGGUAGUCUGGAACAACGCACACGGUGAAGUUUUUGACAUAAAGCCCAAGGCUGCAGAAUAGAAAGAAAGGUCGAAGGUCAUUUUAGUCACGUGACUGUUGGUUGGUAUCGCUCGGUAGACGUUGUACCUGACGAUACAUCGUUGAAGACUUGUUGUGAGGUAGGUUAGGGACUGCAAUCUCCUUCAGGUGACGAGGAGUCUUCAUACACACAUUUCUAAUUUAUUUACUUCGUUACAUCGGCACAAACAGAAUGUACCCGCCACCCGAUGUUUGCAGUUUGUCGUUUGUGUUGCAGGCGACGCCAACCUGAUUCUCAGUUGCCACCUUUCAACACGUACCCUGAUUCUGUACACAAGGUCUGAUAGAAACUUGACCAAGUCCCACCCCAUGGCUUCAAACAUUUGUUACCCUGGGUAUCGUGGUGUUGGUUGUGGUCGCCAACCGUCACCUGGCAACAGUCAGAUUUGUUUGACGAUCGUUUCAGCGGAUGUUUACCGUAAGAACGUACAGACAGCCCUGUAGUUUCACCCGACCGAGCAGCAGAUACAAUCAAAUUCUCACCUGUAAUCGUUUUAAACACAGACAAUGAAGUGGCCACUUAUUCAAAUGAUUUUGAAUCGAUUCCUCACGAAGUAAAAUAUUUUAUAUCAGAUUUUUUCCCUUGUUUCUAUGCCAGUUAGACUUUUUCAAAAGUUUAUUAUGGGUAAAAGAAUUGAGCUAUGUGUCUUUAAAAAGUUUUUCUUUUAUCUUUUGUAAACUUGUAAUAGGACACAGAUUUUAUUUAAGAUUUGCCCAGAAUUUCUUAUCUUGUUCCCUCAUGUCAAUAUUUAUUUGUUGGAGACUGAUGUUCAUUUCGUUCAGACGCGAGUUUUUCUAGCUCAUGCUCUUAGACAAACAUUUAACCCGCGCUUCUAAAUCUUAGAAUGAAAUCCUCAGUGAAUUAACCCGUGAUCUUAAGUCUCAGAAUUAAAUAUUGACUAAUUAACCCUUGCUCCCAAUUAUCAUAAUUAAAUAUUGACGGAAUCAGAAUUAGUGUUAAAGUUGUUGCAGUAAACAAAUCCACAUUCCAUGACAGGAUCAGUGAUGCCGACAGCUGGUUCUCCAUUCCAGAAAGUUUAGAAACACUUUAUUUUAUAUCACAUUUCUCGACCACUUUAAAAAAUGUUUUUUUUUUUUUAACCCCGUCACUUUGUUUUCAGAGUGACUAUGUUUUCUUGUUAUUGGCUCUGAUUUCUGCUAAAACGUAUUUGACAAAAACGAACUCAUUUACACAUUUCUCAUUCCAUUCAUUUCUUCUCGUUUUUCUUAGUGAUUGCACCUGUAUGUUGUUUUCUGGUCAGAUGAUGUGCAAUAUUGGUAUAUGUGCAAUUAUUGUCCAUCCACUCUCGAGUUUUACUUCUAUUAUUCUGUCAGUCACUUCUUGGUAUACUAUAUUUAUAUAUUAAUAAAGUUGGACCUUAUCUAUUUCAAACAAAA